ACGGUGGAUACGGCGCCGGAGCAUCCACAGUUCUCGUCUUGUGCAAACUCCAAAUUACUGUCGAUUUUACGCGCAAAGAGAUCAAAACCAGGGUUUUGCGAUUCGUGGACUUCAAUGCGUUUAAGGAUUUAUCAUUCGUUAAUCAAGUCUGUGUUUGUUAUUUGAAUCUUGAGUUUCCAGUUCAGCCUGUGUGGACAAUGCAUUUGAAGGAGGGAUGUUCCUUGCUCCUAAAAGUUUACAAACCUUCAAUUCCAUUUGUUCUCAACACAAACCCUCUUAUCAAUCAUGGCCUUAAUAAUUCGUCGAAUCCAAAUCCGGCCGUUGUGAAAGAAUCCGAUGUUCUAAAGAGGUUGAGGCACGAACCUGACCUUACACUAGCUAUAGAGUAUUUCAAGUCCAUGGCAAAUUCUACAUCUUUCAAACACACUCCCCUUACAUACCAAGCUAUGAUUGAAAAGCUUGGGCAAAGAGGUGAGAUGGAUGGUGUUCAGUAUCUUUUGCAGCAGAUGAAAUUGGACGGAAUUAGUUGCUCGGAAGACUUGUUUGUCAGUGUUAUAAAUUCUUAUCGGCGUGCUGGUGCUGCUGACCGAGCUCUGAAAACAUUUUAUAGGAUGCAAGAUUUUGGGUGUUCACCCACGGUCAAAAUUUAUAAUCACCUUUUGGAUGCAUUGCUUAAUGAGAAUAGGUUUCAUAGCAUCUAUCCCGUGUAUGGUAACAUGAAGAAAGACGGGUUGGAGCCCAAUGUGUAUACAUAUAACAUUCUUCUGAAGGCAUUGUGCAAGAAUAGUCGGGUGGAUGGUGCUCAUAAGUUGCUUUUGGAAAUGUCAAAUAAGGGAUGCUUUCCUGAUGCAGUUAGCUACACCACGAUUAUAGCUUGUGUGUGUGAACUUGGUAAGGUGGAGGAAGCAAGGGAGAUUGCUGCGCGGUUCCCCCCUACUGUACCUGUUUAUAAUGCUUUGAUCAAUGGGUUGUGCAGGGAAUCCAACAUUGAGGAGGCGUUUCAGCUGUUAAAUGAGAUGACGGAUAAGGGAGUUGGUCCAAAUGUUAUCACAUACACAACAAUCAUCAAUGCCCUUUGUUGCGGGAAUGUUCAUCUGUCUCUCACAGUCUUGACCCUCAUGCUUAAGAGAGGAUUUACUCCAAAUGUUCAUACUUUUACAUCCUUGAUGAAAGGCUUUUUCUUGAAUAGGAGAACUUAUGAAGCUCUGGACCUCUGGGAUAGAAUGAUCAAAGAGGGAAUCUGGCCCAGUAUUGUUUCUUACAACACACUGAUACAUGGUCUAUGCUCUGUUGGUAACUUGGGAAAAGCUGUUGAUGUUACUGAUAAUAUGGAGAGAAGUGGCUGCUUUCCAAAUGUAAGAACCUACAGCACUCUUCUUGAUGCCUUUGCAAAAGCUGGGAACUUGGUCGGUGCAUCUGAAACAUGGAACAAGAUGGUUACCCUUGGUUGUCAUCCAAAUGUUGUGUCAUAUACCUCGAUGGUGGAUGUUCUUUGCAGGAAUUAUAUGUUUGACCAAGCCCAUUGUCUAAUAGAGAAUAUGGUGAUGGAAAAUUGUCCACCUAAUACAAUUACUUUUAACAUAUUUAUUAAAAGACUAUGUGAGAGUGGUAGAGUAGAUUGGGCUGUAAAGUUACUUCAUGUAAUGGAAGAACAUGGGUGCUUACCAAGUACAAUAACAUAUAAUGAAAUAUUAGAUGGUCUUUUCAAAGAAAAAAACUUCAUAUUAGCAUUCAGGCUGCUCAAGGAUAUGGAAGAAAGGGGUCUUGAGCUUAGUUUAGUGACUUAUAACACAAUUGUCCAUGGGUUUUGUUGUGCUGGGAUGCUUGAGGAGGCUGUGAAACUUUUUGGGAAGAUGCUGGUCCUGGGAAUUAAGCCUGAUGCUUUCACAUUUAACACAAUAAUUUCCUUCUACUGUAAGCAUGGUAAGGUUGAAUUUUCAAUUCAAAUGCUGGAUGCAAUGAGGGCCGCAGGCUGGCAUCCAGAUGUAAUUUCAUACACUAGUCUUAUAUGUGGGAUAUGUGAAAAUGUUGGGUUAGAAGAAGCCAAUAUUUAUCUUCGCAUGAUGGUAAGUGAAGGAAUUUCCCCCAAUACUGUAACAUGGAAUGUUAUAGUGAGAUAUCUGUUUCAUGAGGUAGAAUGUAGGGGGGCAAUAGAUUUUCUAGACAGUAUCUUGGAUGGGUAAUAUCAUAUACAAGAGGGAAACAUUUUAUGUUGUAGUGACCAUGAGUUCUGGAAGCAUCCUCCUCGUCCUUGCUGGGAAGGUGUUCACUGUCCAAUGACCAUGCAUUAACUCAGAGCACAGAAAAUGACUUCACAUAAACGAACAAUACAGAUGUUCAACUGCUGCCUGCUGGACCCCAGUUAAAAACUUCAGAAUUACCACUGAGGGUCAUAUCCUGGUGGAAUGGAUCUAACUGGUAAGAACAUUCUUUCUAGAGGGUUGUAAAUUUAGGCCCGCGUGUGCUACCCUCACACAUGAUUAGGAGGCGAGCCUGCUUGCUGUAGUAGUUUCAUGUCCAAAAACUGUGUAAGAGACACUGGCUCUACUUAUACCCCUUGGUUGAGUUAAAGUGUACAGCUAUGAGCUAUAGAGAUCUCCCUGGGCUUGGGAGGGAUAGAAGUUCUUCAGGUUUUAUAUCUUGGUGAAGAGUUACUUUGGUCUCCCCUUCCUACUUUUAGUUUUAGUCAGCCAAAAAAAACUUCAAAUUUGCUUUAAUCAAAAUUCAGCCCCAAAAAACUUCAAAAUUGUUUCCCUUUUUGAUGAUGCCUAGUUUUGCAUUUUCAUAUCUACGAUACACUCAUAGCACAAUGUUAACUUUUAGAGGAUAAAAAAUUCUCACCCCUGCUUAUAGCCCUUUUCCUUUUCGCCUCUUUUCUGCAAGUAUUAUCAGGCUUUUGGUUUUGGGGGCUUGUAGGUUGGUGAAAAUUGAAUGUUUUUGUCUGAUAUGUUGUGCAUAUUAGUUUCUUCAAAUAUUACUUGCCAAAGUAUUCAUAUGAUCCCAAAAAUAAUUCACAUAUGAGUCAUACAUGAUACUCCAUUGCCAUGGGAAAUGCUACGGUACCUACUCAAGGGUACCGGUGUCUAUAUAACGUGAAGAGUGGUUUGUAUAGUGCAAAUGGUGUAUAUAAUAUCACCCUUCUUAUUGUGCAAUACACCUUUUGCAUUGUAUGAAACACCCUUCGCAGUAUAUAGGAUGUCUCUGAAUACCAUAGCAUUUCCCCAUUUUCAUUUAUGUGAAAUGUGAUAUUUUUCUAUCUACUCAUCUGAUUUUUUUGUCAUGCUGGUUUUCAUUUCUAGGGUAAAGGAACUCAUCUUAUUCUAUCACUGCCUCAAUUCAGUGUCUUUAAUAAAAUUCACAGCUACCUCAGUUAAGUGUAUUCCGUAGAACCCCCAACGAUUAUAAAGACCACUUCAACUCUUCUUAGAUUAUAAUUAUUAUAUUAUUUAUUGUUAAUUUAAAGCACUAAUUUAUAAAGGUUUCCACUCCACUUGAACAUUGUUCAAUUUUCUAAAGCUUGCUAAUUCAGUAAUGGGAUAUAGUUGGUCUUGUUUCAUUGCUAUCUAUCCUUUUCUUUUUGGCUUUAGUAUGCUUGUAUGCACUUGGUUUUGGGUUUAAUGGGUUCCAAGGCAUGUGGUCGGUUUUGGGUUUUGAGUCAUCCUAUCAUAUUGGAGUAGGGAUGUAAAAGUAUUUUUAUUUGGUAUUAUGCAAAAGGUUAACAUUUCUUUGUUUUGUGAGGGUUCAGUUUCAAGUUUUAUCUUUAUCAUGGGCACUUGUGUAUCUUGUGGAAAUGACAUCUGAUUCGAUGUUGGAGUUUGGGGUUUUUUCCAAUUCAGUGUUGCAUUGGUCCUAUUCUUAAGUUGGCUGGUUUUCUGAUUUCAGGGUUGCUUGUAGAAGUUUGGUUGAAGUGUUCUUUUUGUAGGUUGUACGGGUCCUCUCCUUUUGUUUUUUGCUGUUCUAGCUUGUAAGGUUGUUGGGGGUGGUUUUGUACUUCUGAAGUUCAAUUUCUAAUUCAAUAAUUUUUCUCAUCUAUGAAACGAAAAUAAUUAGGCCCCUUAUUCGCAGCUUUUGUGCUUUUCCCCGUUUUCUUCUGUGUUUCAUAUUCACUGUAUUAGUUUUCUCUCCGUCAUCAAUUAAUCAGUUAUUAGAUAGAACCCAUCACCCAUCAUUUUCAUUAAAAUUGUCAUUUAUGUUUCAAUGGCUCUUAACAAUUAGAAGAGCAACAACUUCAUUCAUUAUACAUGCCGUUCUCUUUUUGCACUUCCACUUCCAAUUUUUGUUACUAAGUGCACUUCGUCUCAAAUUGUGUCAAUUUUUUAAGUCUCUUUUUAACUGCAACAUUUUCCUACUUGCCUAGCCCUAGCUCCUCUUUAAACAACCAUUCCUACAGCUACAGGUUCAAUGAAACCCUUCCCUUCCUUUCCCGCACGGGUUAUGAUGUAGUUGUUAAUUCAGAGCACUAAUUUAUAAAGGUUUCCACUCCCCUUGAACAUCUCAGAAGCAAGUUAAGCUCCCCGCCCAUCUAAUUGAUUCAUUCAUACUCAAAAGGUUGUCAAUACCGGACGGAUUCUUCGUUGGAAUCAAAUAUUUCGGUAUCGAAACAUUUUCAAGUUUCAUUUCAGAAUUAGAUAUAUUUAUAUAUAGUGGUCACGUAUACCUUCUAGUAGUAUAUAUAAUGUGCGUAUAAUAUUUAAUGAGAGGGAAGCUUUUAACAAUGGAAACUAUAUAUAAUUAACCCACAUGUAUCAUCUUCUUCUUCCUGUAUAUAAAUAAAUAAUAUAAUUUCCUCCCCCUGAAUAAACAUGGAAAGUUGAUCCUUAAUUAGAAAAUUAGAGGGUUAAGUAGCAUUUAAUUUUACCAACUAGUUGCUCUAUUCUACGAAGAUGAGUAGUGUAUAAAUUAUACGUAUUAGACAUAUGUAUGUGUGAAGAAAGGAGAAAGAACACCGGAGAAGGAGAAAGGAAUGAGAAUCGAUUCAACAGAAGGAGAAAUGGGCAUAUCUCCCGUUUUGGUUUCGAGCAUUACCAAAACAAUCUAGAUUUUGACCGAUACGAGAUUUUGGUGAAAAAUUAAGACGUUCUGGUCGAAACACAACGGUAUUAAAAAAUAUGUACAUAUGAGAAAUUUACUUGUUUAAAAUUAAUAUUUCAUAAUAAUAAAUUAAAAUGAUAAUAAUAAUAUAUAGCAUAUAUAAUUAUCUGAAAUCGAACUCGACAUAAAACACAAACACGCCUCUUAACUUGGGGUUUUGGGUCAUUUGUGCUCCUGAAUUUUAAUUUAAUGGGAAUUUAUUAGGUCACUCAAGUUUUAAUUUUGAACCUAUUACACACUUGAAAUCUCAAAUUUAAAUCAUCAUGCACUUUGU